AGUACCACGUCGAGGUCAGUCUACAUACAGCAUGACGAACACCUCCCAGUACCACGUCGAGGUCAGUCUACAUACAGCAUGACGAACACCUCCCAGUACCACGUAGAGCACCUGACCACAUUUGUUCUGGACAGGAAGGAAGCCAUGAUCAACACUGAGGAUGGAAUCAGGAAGCUCCGCCUCCUGGACGCCAAGGGAAAGGUAUGGACCCAGGACAUGCUGCUGCAGGUGGAGGAGAAGACGGUCAGCCUCAUCGACCCAGAGACCAAGAAUGAGUUGGAGAACUUUCCCUUGGGAACCAUCAUGCACUGCCAGGCGGUGAUGUCAUCCUGCAACUACGACUCCAUCUUGGCUCUGGUGUGUAAGGAGCCGGGCCAGGGCAAACCGGACCUUCACCUGUUCCAGUGUGACGACAUCAAGGCUAACCUGAUCCAGGCUGAUAUAGAGGGAGCCAUGAUGGAUCAGAAGGGAGGCAAGGUGAAGAGGAGACCAGAAGCACUACGGAUGAUUCUGAAGAGUGAUGGGGUCAUCCCCCCGCCCCCAGCGGCGCCCGCCCCAGAGCCACCCGCCACCCUCACCCAGGUGGACGUGAGGAGUCGUGUGGCAGCCUGGUCAGCCUGGGCUGCGGAGCAGCAGGACUAUGAUAAACAGCAUCAAUAUCUGGACCAGAAUGAACCUCUGGACAGUAGCUACCAGAGGAUGAGACGUGCCGUAGAGUCGGCGGGGAUCCAGAGUCGGGGCUCGUCCAGAGUCGGGCGGCCGUAG